AGGAGAGUAAAGGUGGUGCUGCUUGGACCUGUUUCUACUUGUUCACGGCGACCAUGUCCCGUUCGUUUGCGUUCAGUUCCAAAGGAGUCACCCUCUUUGUCACCUACGCCUGCUUUGGCUUUCUCUGCAUCAGCAUCUACAACAUCAUCUACGCCAUCACCGGUCGUCUGAUCGACCACGGCCCGGGAUGGAGCGGAUACCGUAGUUCCGCAAUGAUCCGGUUCGAAGACCGAUGGCACGCUCUCGCCACCAAGGAAGAGCAGGAUGCGCUCGAUCCGUUCGAGGUCGGAGGGAGGACGGCGUUGGGACCGAGAAGCAAGAUGUUUAGGCUGAGCAGGUGGUUGAGGGAUUCGGCGGUGUGGAGGGACGAGGAGAAUGCCCACGUCAAGGGAGUCAACAAGACACUGAUUCGAGGGAACCCGGUAAAUUUCCGCCAGAACCGUUCGGCUUCGAUCUACCGGACCAUCGAUCUCCGCCGGUGGUGCUCCCAAAUCGCCGGUCUGUCCAUGAUCCUCCUUCACGUCUCGCUCUUUCUCAAGGACGUCCAGUGGAAACAGCGUAUGGCCUACAUCGCUCAGUACGCGGGGAUCAAGGAGACCUGGGACGGCUUGGACACGUUUGGAAAGGGCAUGCCGACGGGGUGCGCGUAUUAUGAUCAGAGCAACGUGCCAAUCAGGAUGUACUUGGAUGCGAGCGAUAGGUCGUCAGCAACCACAAACUCGGCGCUCUUUGGAUUGAAUCAAGCGUUUCUUAUCAUGUUCUCCCUAUCCGUGACACUGGUCUCGAUCACCAACCAGAAAGAGUAUGGCAACAUUGGAUGGGGAAUCUCGUUGAUCGGCCCUAGGAUGAGUAGCGUAUCGAUCGGGUGGAUGCUCUUGCACCUGUGUUUUGCUACCUUUUCCCAAGCGCUGUUCCCUGACACGCUCUGGUUGUACUACGUUUGCAAGGGGAUCAUCUACUUUACGGGAAUCAUCGGGUGUACCCAUCUUAUCCUCGCCGAAGACCUGACCGAGGAGAAUCACAAGCGCCACGAGUUCGGCGCUCGGCGACCCUUUUACGGGGGGUUCUUCAACUUUAGAGACUUUGAGCGGAGUGACAUACCGGUCACCACGAUUGAAGUUGUGCCGGAGGACGAGAAGGAUUUCAGAUGACGGUAAACAGAGG